AUGCCUUGUACCCCCACCGCCGCCGCCGCCGCCGCCGCCGCUUACACCGUCGCCACCGUUGCCACCACUUCCACCGGCACCGCUUCAAUCGAUCCCACCAAAAUUUUUGAUGACGAUGGUAAUCUUCUCGUGGACCGUAAACACAAACCUAAGUAUUCUCAAAUCAAGAAAGGUCAACAUCCAUUGGCACUUAUGCAAGGACAGGAGCGCCACGCCAAUCUCCUGACCCACCCUCUCUCCAUCAAACUCAUUGAACACAAAUGGCGCAUCCUGGGAUCGGCUGUGAACUCGGUAUCGCUCAUCGUCUACCUCUUCUUUCUUGCUUUCCUCACCGGCUAUGUCUUGGUGAACCCCCCUUCCUCCUUCAUCAAGUUUACCAACAUAUCGACCAUCAUCUGGUAUUACGAGCCGGAUAAGCUCCUGCCCGAAACAACGUACUCUGAGAAAUGGCAAUGGCAGUGUGGAGCACUGGCUAUUUUCCUGGCCUGGAUAAACCUUGCCCUCUACGUUCGGCAGACAUCGACCCUUGGCAUCUACGUCAUCAUGUUUGAAGAUGUUCUUUUUAGCACUGUCAAAUUUCUGGCCGUCAUCUUGCUGUUCCUGAUUGCAUUUGCUCUGGCAUUCAACACGUUACUACUGAACCAGACGGAUUUUCACUCCUUCGGGGACUCCUUCCUUCGGACGAUCGCAAUGACGACAGGCGAACUGGAUUUUAGUCGGAUAUUUCAUUCUCAGAACUACCUGGGUACGGAGAAUGUCAGUACAGAGGAGGACUACGUACUGACAUCUGUCUUUUCCGACCUCAUCACAAGUGUUAUGUUCGUGGUUUUCGCCAUCGUGAUGCCCAUCAUUGCCAUGAAUCUGUUAAUUGGUGUGGCUGUUGAAGAUAUCCAUGGCAUACGGCAGAAGGCAACAUUCUAUUACAUGAAACUCAAGGUCGAUCGAGUCAUAUCUGCUGAGAAUAUGGCGCUCGGCACGCCUCUAGGUGAAUACGUCAUUAGAUGGCUCCCAAUCACGGUUCAAUCCCUGAAGAUAGAACUGUCACGCGGGUCUAAAUUAACUAGGUAUCGAACGUGGUUUGCUUCCGUGAUCGAUUUCGAACAGCUUCGAGAAAGCGUGAGGGCGGUAUGUAAGAGGAACCAAGAGAGAGAAGAACUUCGUAACCAGUUGAAGAUGAAGAAGCCAUCGUGCAGUCAUAUUGAAGACCAGCCCGAUGGAAGGACAGACCAAACUCUACUCCAGAAGCUGUGUCAGAUGCGAGACCAAAUGCAAGACGAAAUACUAAAAGUAAACGGUUUGAUAAGUCAAGUCCAACAGCAAACUGUCUAAAGGUGCUGAUAAUUCAAUGAGUAGUGGCGAGUGGAGUACUUUAGGCUUAGUAAACUUAAACAGUUUCUUAUCAUACGUGAACAUCACUGAAUUUAUGUAUCAAGUUACCUUUCUCUUCUUGUUUCCUUUUUACUCCUUUCUUCUUUCUUCUUUCCUAACCUUCCUCCUUUCUGUCCUAUCAUGUUGUAUGCUGGGUAUGUGUGGUAUAAAAUGCAAUUUCUUCAAUGUUUCUGUUUGAUAAUAUACCUUGCUUUAUGUUUGUUUCCCGCCAUUUAUUUUUUUCCAAAACCUAUUCUAUCAGGGAAACGGUGUUGACAGACCUUAUUUUUAAACAUGAUAAAGGAAGGUGGACAAUUACGUCUUCUAACAUUUAAAACAACACAAGGUCAAUAUUCAGUCACUUUAUGUGUGGGUAGUGAAUUUCAUAUUAAUGUCAUAUUUACAAGGUCUAAAAUAGAAUUCGGAAUUCAGUUAAAAGUCAUUUGUUCAACAAAUUAUGAAUGAUAAAUCCAUGUAAAUAAUCUGGAUAAUUAUGUACUAAAAAUCUAUUUCAUGUUAUCAUUUUGUAUAUUGUAAGACAUUGUUAAGACUAAUUCUUUCUUUUUAAAUAUCCAUAGUAGUAGUAAAUUCAUGAUUUUUUGUUUUGUUUCGUUUUCUGAACUUACUUGUACUAAACUACAUAUUUUAGGUGUGAGUGGCUAGGCUCGACUAGCACAUUUGCUAUAAUAUGGCCUUUUUAAGCAACCAAUAGUUUCUCUUCUCGUAUCAUGUAAAUACUAUUGUAAGAAAUAUAUUACUGAAUGUUCAUGUUAGCAAAUACGUCAAAAAAAUACAAUGUAAAAAAUCUAAAUGAAUUGAAUUGAAUUGAAUUGAAUUAAAAUUAAAAAUACAUUAUACCGGUGCGCUUAAAAGCCAGGGGAUCGGAGGGACCAAUGAUGAAGGCAUACUUAAGUUUUGUCCAAUAUGUACACACAAGUCAGAUGAUCAGCUUCAACAACAACAAUAACAAAAAGACAACAACAGCCUCGUGGAUUAGAUAUUUUUAAAUAAUAUUCAAACGAGCAAAAGCAAAAGCAUGAGCAAUCUGAUUCAUUAUAUUUUGAUACUAACAAGGUCACAGAAAGGGUCAUAUCCUCACGUCCCUGUGUGAUGUAUUGUAUGCUCAUAUAUACCUAUAUAGAACUUCCCUAAAAAACAAGGGGCUUAAAAAUGACUAUUAGUUGUUGAAUCGACUUAAGCUAUAGAGCCAGUAAGUAAUAGUCUGAUUUACAAAUGGACAUACAUGACAUAUUCAUAAUUCCUGCAAAGUUUUACAGAAUUUGAUGUUGGCUGCAAAAGGGACGAAGUAUAUUUAAAGUCUGGUCAAUAUAAUUAUGAAUAUUGGAGUCUGUUAGGGCCUAUAUGGGUAGCAAACAAACGCGAAAAGCCAGAGGCAGAGUAUUAGAUCAAGAAUUAAGAAGGCUGAGGGGUGAAUGUGUUUAAAUAUAAACACCUACAUGUAUCUAUUGUUAAAAUACAGCAUGUAUGUGAACUACAAACCACUGCCACUCCAUGACGUUUUGAUUUUACAAAAAACACCAAUCUAUUCCGCUAGUGCUCACUCAUCUUCAUUUUGCUCUCAAUCGUCAUUUAGCAUUUUGUCAUUGUUAUAUUUUCAGUGUUAUUUUUGUUAAAAGAAUACUACUAUAUGUAUUUUUGUCUAAAUAUUUCUUUGCACUUGAAACAAUUUUGUUCCGUUUAUAUUUUAUACCUAGAGAACAUGCUGUAGAAAUAAUAAAUGUAUACUCAGAUUGAAUAAACCCGGAUACUAUUAACAAACGAAUCGUCAUCAGAUAGCGAUGUAUAGAGUGAUAACAAUAUGUUAACAAACUGCAUAAUACAAUAUUAAUAUGAAAUAGCUAAAUAAUAUAUUUUGUUAAAAGAAUAAUCAAUUAUACAUACUACAG